GUGGGGUGUGCUCCUGUGGGAGCUUGUUACUCUCGCUGGCCAGCCCUACCAAGAAGUGGAUCCGUUCGAGAUGGCCGUCUUUCUCCGAGACGGUUACCGAUUGGCGCAGCCCGAUAGUUGUCCUGACGAACUAUACGGGCUCAUGGCGGCGUGCUGGAUGACCGCCCCCGAGGACCGCCCCUCCAUGACACAGCUGCUGGCCGGCUUGCAGGAGUUCAGCGCUGCCCUGGGCCACUACAUCUAAGAACUGCCAUGUGAUCAAAGAAACAGACUUGUCAGUGUGUAAAAACCCAAAUGUGAUCUUUGUUUGCUCGAGGCAUCCAACCCCCAUCCCUCUACAUGCGUUGUUGCAUUAUGGAGAUAGGGGAAAUAUGGGAGCGUGAGGAACAAGACGUGAGGAACUCUGAUGGUUUCAGAUAUAUUGUCACCCUGCAAUCUGUGCUAUUUAAAUACUAUGUGAUAUAUUUGUUUUCUUUGUGUGUUUUAAGGUUAGAUUCAACACUAAA